AUGAAUGUGAAAUCCCAUUCUUCCUUCUUCCUCGUGUUUCUUAUAGGUAUUACUCACACACAUGUUUGUCUAGCGGAAUGUGAUAACGUGAAGGACUAUUGCCCUACAAGUGCUCAACCCCAAAAGCAAGCCAUAUUCAUCAAUGGCCUCUCCUGUGAGAACCCAGAUAACACAAGUGCCCAUGAUUUCAAGAGCAUGGAACUAAGCAAGCCUGGUUCCAGGGACGAUUUUGGUUCACUAGUUAAAAUUGUUACUGCUUCCAAGUUUGCAGGGCUAAACACUCUUGGCCUUUCAAUCGGUAGAAGUGACAUUGAAGUGGAUGGGCUUGUGAACCUCCACAAUCACCCAAGAGCCACUGAGAUGAUCUAUGUGAGGGAAGGAAGAUUGGUGGCUGCGUUUCUCAACACCCAAAACCGGCUCUUCCAAAAGACUCUCGAUGCUGGCGACGUCUUUGUCAUCCCCAAGGGCUUGUUCCACUUCUUCCUCAACCGUGGUGUACAAGUUGCAACCGUGUUCUCAGUUUUCAACAGCCAAAAUCCAGGACUAGAAUCACUCUCUUCCAUACCCUCUGAGUCUGAGAACACUCUGGAAUCAGUUGAGAAGAUAAAGAUGAAGCUCAGUUCACUCUCUGACUCACAACUUCAUGGUGAGAGUGAUUUGACUUCGGCAGUGCUGGAUAUCAUUCAUAACCAUCAUAGCUCAUAA